CCCAAAGUCCCUCACUGGAUAUUCACUGCGUACAAUUCGUAGCAAAGUAACCUCCUCGACGGGCAUCCAUCGAAUCCGUCAAUAAAUCCUUGUCACCCCAGUCCCACCGGAUACGUGACCAUGCAGGAUUCCAGCUUUAGCUUGGUCCCUUAACUUUGCCUAGCCGCAUGGUCUCCUGUCAGUCACCUCCUUUUUUUCCAUCCCGCCCUCCUGUCAUUCAUCUUGUGAAUAAAGUCUUUUAUUUCUCUUCCAUCCUCCCUAGAUUUUAAAGCAUUUCUUGUUUCUUUUUUUUUUUUUUUCUUGUUUGCUUUUGGACAAGAUCCACAUAUUCCUCUAACCUGUGCGAAUACUUUUUUCACGUUCUCGGAAGAAGAACUACAGCAUCGAAUUAAAGACGCGCAAUCGCUCUUUUGCUUUCCAGGGUCUCGGAGCAACCCCACGGCGCCACAACCAGGUGUUUUGGAAUUUAUGACGUCUGCCCAUCUUUUGUUGCGACGGACCAGCCCAUUUAUCGAUAGUAAAAAGGAGCAACACAUAGGCGAUCAACACCCUCUGUGCGUCUCGUCGCAACUGAAAUUCAGGCCACAACGUCCGAGUGUUUUUUCGACUUGAAAAAUUACCUAGUUUGGCGACGACCCGAAAUAGCUUCUUUUUUUUUUUCUCCAGUCAAAUUUUCGAAUCCGCCCCCUUUUUCUUUUGGGCGCACGACAAAUCCUCCAUAACGCGCCUGCACACACGCACCCCGCCCUUCCUAAACCUCUACCAUGCUCGCCAGCAAGACCAUACCAGAUCGUAAAGAUCUGGUCGACUACAAUUAUGCAGUUGCAGGACAUGCCGGCACUUUAUGCGACCCAGAUGGCGAACUAUUCAUCAAGCCCGCGACGAAGCAGGAGGUCGAGUUCUACGAGUCGGCCAACGCACAACAUCCCGAGCUCGCCGACAUAAUGCCAGUCUUCAUGGGCACGCUGCAGCUCAACAACCACACCGACAUCAGCUCAAUCAACGAGCAGCUCCCCGUCGUCUCGGACGUGCUUAGCGAGCACCUGAAGGAUGAGGUGGUCGCACUGGCGCACCAGCUGCACCCGGAGCCAGAAGCCCCAGCGCCGGGCGAGGAGAGCAUCGCGUGGCGGCCGAACCGGAACAAGAAGAUCGCCACCGACACCGCCAUUGUGCUCGAGAACAGCGCCUACGGAUUCUCGCGGCCAAACAUCAUGGACUGCAAGCUCGGCGUCAGGUUGUGGGCCGACGACGCACCCGAGGAGAAGAAGCGGCGGUUCGACAAGAUCAGCGCCGAGACCACGCACAAGGAGUUGGGUUUCCGCGUCGCCGGCAUGCGCGUGUACCGCGGCUCCGAGAGGGACGAGGAGCUCGACCCGGAAGAGUACAAAAAGUACGACAAGGACUGGGGCCGCUUCAGCGUCAGCACCCCGACCGUCGUCGAGUCGAUGCGCCGGUUCCUUUUCAACCCGCGCAGCGGCGUGAGCGAAGAGGAUGCAAAGUUCGUCGCCGAGGCCUUUUGCGAGGAGCUGAAAAAGGUAGAGAAGCGCCUGGCCGCCGAGGAGACGCGAAUGUACUCGGCAUCGCUGCUUUUCGUCUUUGAGGGUGACGGCCCUGCUCUGAAGCACGCCAUCAAGGUCAAUGCCGAGGCGGCGGCGCGCAAGGAGGCGCGGAUGACGGAGAGGCAACGGCUCAAGGACCUGGCUAGGCGUGAGGCCGAAGCCGAGGCUGCUGCGCACAAGGGUCGGUCACCAUCGAAUGCCGCAGCCCGAGUCGACAGCGGUAUUGACGUUAGCGGGGACGACGAUGUGCUAACGAGGAAAGCUGUUGGUGCUCUAGACGGUUAUGACGAAGAUGACGACGACGACCUGAGCAGCGACGGGUCGAUGGAAACUCUAGAGCCCGUCCUACAGUUGAGGUUGAUCGACUUUGCGCAUGCCGCAUGGGUACCCGGGCAGGGGCCGGACGAGAACGUUUUGAAGGGCGUGAGGAGUCUGAUCAGAAUAUUUGAUGAGAUGUCGCGAUGACUUUGGGAAAUGGCUGCAGGCAGCAUAUAUUCAUUCUCGAUCUUCUCUACUCCUUCUUGGGGCGGCCUAAUACCACCAUUUAUUUGCUUAUGAAAUAUAUUUAGAAAAGUACGUAUAUGAUCUAUGACUGGAUUUAUUGUGUAUUUUUGAUUAUUACAGUUUGAUGGUAGUCCCGAUUUAAAAAGUUGUAGAAUCACUUCAGGU